AUGAAGAAACUUGCUCAGCUGUCGACUCUCUGUGACAUCAAGACGUGUGCGGUUAUCUACAGUCCAUACAGCCCAGACCCUGAGGCUUGGCCAUCAAGAGAAGGCGCUGAGAAAGUGAUAUCAGAUUUUAUGGAGGUUUCGACAGGUGAUCGGAAUAAAAGGAUGUUUGAUCAAGAACGUUUUCUUCAUGUGAGGAUUGCUAAAGAGGAAGCGAAAUUGCGAAAAAUGCGUACUGAUAACCAAAAUUUUGAGAUUCAAAAUAUUAUGUUUGGUUGUCUUAAAGGAGAGAUUGAUGUGCAUAAGCUUGGUGAAAAGGAUCGUCAAGAUUUAAGUUCUUUUAUUGAUACCUAUAUAAACAAGCUUACUUGCAGGAGGCAGAACCUUAUGGAGAAUGGUGAAUCUUUUUCUCGUUUACCUCCUUCUGUUGUUGUAGAUGCAGUUGUUGUCCCAGUUGGAGAUUAUGAUCACAUGAAUCAAAAUCAAAAUCAGCAGAAAUCGAUUCAACGCCAAGAGGAUGGAGACCCCAUGGACUGGAACCAUCACCAACCUAAAACUGAUGAUAUUGCUAUCACCGCUACUGAUGUUGGUGCUCCUAACACCACCAACAAUUGA